AUGGCUUCCAACUCUUUCUACACCAUGCGCCCAGUAAUUCCUCAGACGCGCUCCGACACAGCCUCCAGAGUGACAAUCAAGAACAUUCCAGUCGGCGUUACGGAGGCGCGGCUGAAAGCAAACCUAUCCAAGCACGGGGAUAUCAGAGUGCACAUGUUUGUUCCGGCGACAGAAUACGGCGCCGGUUGGGCGUGGGUAACCUGUGAGAAGCACGAUGAAGUGGAAAAAAUGCUGGCUUUCGCAGAAGAAAGGCGAGCGCAGGCUGCAGCAGCUCUCAGAGAGAACAUACAGAAGUCUGCAAACACCAAGGACGAUGAGGACGCAGCUUCCGCCGCCGCUGCUGAGACGUCUGCUGAUGAUGCAAAGUGCAGCGAGAGCUCUGGUGAACUCAGUGACGAGUGA